CGAUAACUCUGUAUGGUUGACACUGAAUGUUCGUCCUUGAAAAGAAGGGCAGGAGCUAGACGCAGUCAGUUCACGGACGGAACCCUUUUGACAGGUUGACUGAAUCGCUGAGCUGAAGUCAAUCGAAAAGCAUGGCAUCAACUCCUAAGUCCGACCAAGAUAAAAGAAAGCAAAUUAGUAUUCGAGGGAUUGCGCCAGUAGAAAAUGUAUCAAACGUGAAGUCCACUUUCAACAGGCACCUUCACUACACCCUUGUGAAGGAUCGAAAUGUUGCGACCCCCAGAGACUAUUAUUUCGCUCUAGCGCACACAGUGCGUGACCACCUCGUAGGAAGAUGGAUUAGAACUCAACAGUAUUAUUAUGAAAUGGACCCAAAGCGUGUGUACUACCUCUCCCUGGAGUUCUACAUGGGGCGCACCCUCUCCAACACCAUGGUCAACCUGGGCAUGCAGAGCUCCUGUGACGAGGCCAUGUACCAGCUUGGUCUUGACAUUGAGGAACUUGAGGAGAUCGAGGAGGAUGCAGGUCUAGGAAAUGGUGGACUUGGUCGUCUGGCUGCCUGUUUCCUGGACUCCAUGGCCUCCUUGGGACUUGCUGCCUACGGCUAUGGUAUCCGCUACGACUAUGGCAUCUUCACACAGAAGAUAAAUGAGGGCUGGCAGAUGGAGGAGCCUGAUGAUUGGCUGCGCUAUGGCAACCCAUGGGAGAAAGCUCGCCCCGAGUACAUGCUGCCUGUGAACUUCUAUGGACGGGCUGAGGGUAGUCUAAGCGAUGGCAAGUGGGUAGAUUCACAGGUAGUGUUCGCUAUGCCGUAUGACAGCCCUAUCCCUGGAUAUGGAAACAACACAGUCAACACACUCAGGCUGUGGUCAGCAAAGGCACCAAACAGCUUCGAUCUCAGAUUCUUCAACAAUGGCGCAUACAUUGAUGCUGUCUGUGACCGGAAUCUGGCUGAGAAUAUCUCCCGUGUGUUGUACCCCAAUGACAAUGUGUUCGAGGGCAAGGAGCUGCGCCUCAAGCAAGAGUACUUCCUUGUUGCUGCCACUCUGCAGGACAUUGUACGCAGGUUCAAAUCUUCUAGGUUUGGUUGUAGAGAUCCGGUCAGGACUUCCUUCGACACAUUUCCAGACAAGGUGGCCAUCCAACUGAACGACACUCAUCCCUCACUGGCAAUUCCUGAACUCAUGAGAAUACUGAUUGACAUUGAGAGAGUUCCAUGGGAAAAGGCGUGGGAAAUCACCGUGAGGGCCUGUGCCUACACCAACCACACUGUCCUGCCUGAGGCCCUGGAACGCUGGCCAACAUCUCUCCUCAGUAAUGUCCUGCCCAGACAUCUGCAGAUAAUGUUUGAGAUCAACCAUCGCUUCUUGCAGGAAGUGAGAGCGAAGUGGCCUGGUGACGAGGAUCGUAUUCGUCGCAUGUCCCUGGUGGAGGAGCAUGGAGAACAGAGGAUAAACAUGGCCCAUCUGGCCAUUGUUGGAUCUCACGCUGUCAACGGGGUGGCUGCUAUUCACUCAGAGAUCAUCAAGAGAGAAACCUUCAAGGAUUUCUUUGAUAUGUACCCAGAGAGAUUCCAGAACAAGACUAACGGUAUCACCCCAAGGCGUUGGCUGCUGCUGUGUAAUCCCGGCCUGUCUGAUGCCAUUGCUGAUAAAAUCGGUGAGGGCUGGGUAACUAAUCUCAGUGAAUUGCGUCAGCUGGAGCCUCUGGUGGAUGACGAGAGCUUCCUGAGAGGAAUCAUGAGGGUGAAGCAGGAAAACAAGAUCCGUCUGGCAGCCUACAUCAAGCAGGAGUACAACAUCGAGGUGAACCCUGCCUCAAUAUUUGACAUGCAAGUGAAGAGAAUCCACGAGUACAAGCGCCAGCUGCUCAACUGCCUCCACGUCAUCACCAUCUACAACCGUCUCAAGAAGGACCCCAGUAUGGACUUUGUGCCCAGGACGGUCAUGGUCGGAGGAAAGGCUGCCCCUGGCUAUCAUAUGGCAAAGCUGAUCAUCAAGCUCAUCAACAAUGUCGGAAGAGUCAUCAACAAUGACCCUAUUGUCGGGGACCGUCUCAAGGUGGUGUAUCUCGAGAACUACCGCGUGUCCCUGGCCGAGAAGAUCAUCCCAGCUGCUGACCUCAGUGAGCAGAUCUCCCUGGCAGGCACUGAGGCAUCAGGCACUGGAAACAUGAAGUUCCAGCUGAAUGGUGCUCUAACUAUUGGCACCCUGGAUGGAGCUAAUGUUGAAAUGAGGGAAGAAAUGGGCCCUGACAACAUCUUCAUCUUUGGAAUGACAGUGGAUGAUGUGGAUGAGCUCAACAGGAGAGGGUACAACCCAAGGUCCUACUACGAGAGUAAUUCUGAGCUGAGGCAGGUUCUGGAUCAGAUCAACAACGGAUACUUCUCCCCUGAAAACCCAGAUCUCUUUAAAGACGUCUUCAACAAUCUGGUCAACGAUGAUAGGUUCCGUCUGUUGGCUGACUACGAAGCAUAUAUAAGAAGUCAAGAUGAAGUCAACGAACUCUUCAAGAAUCCACUGGCAUGGGCAAGGAAAGCAUUACUGAACAUAGCAGCCUCUGGAAAAUUCUCCAGUGACCGUACGAUUUCUGAAUAUGCUCGUGAAAUCUGGGGAGUGGAACCAACUGAUGUGAAGCUGCCAGCUCCCCACCAAACCAAAGACGGGGCAGACAGCGGUAUCCCAGCAGUUUAAGAACAGGUUUUGAGUUAGCAACACCCAGGCCCAGAAGGUCGAAGUAUCUUCGAGACAGUGACAGUGUCAUCUCAGUUGGAGACGAGCUUUCUGUCUGUUCCGUGAAAUCCCAAAGAUCUGAUGUUCUUGAAAACAGCUUACAGUUAGAACCAUGAUUAAUGCUUGCCUCAUUACAUUGCUACUAAGACUUAUCUUUACACAACAAUCAUGCCGUUGAAUUUGACAAUGAAUUUGGAUUUAUUUGCAAUAUUACAGUGUUAUUUGUUUAUACUGAUAUGUAUAUCUUGUUAAACACAUUAGAAGUAACAUUUAGAUAUUUGUUGUAGACUCAGAGAAGUAAAGAUGACAUUUUUUGUCAUUUUAAUCCAUAAGAUGAACUUGAUGCAUACAUAUUCUAUCAAUAGUAGUCUAAUUUCUAGUAUUUAUUCAUUUAGCAUUUCUUAUUAAACCAACAUUAUGGCUUUGCUUGUAUUUGAGAUCUUAUUGUCAAACAUUGCAUAGAGAAAAGCUAUGUAGGGUCACACAGUGUCAAAAAGCUAAUUGUCUGUUAGAAGGAUGAAAAUUUAGGCUGUUGAAAAAUUUAGUGAAUCUGUCUUGAAAAUACUGACUUGCCGUUCACAUUUGCUCAAUAUGUGCUGUGACAAAGCACCCCGGUAGUGGUUCACAUCCACUUAGUCCUCAUCUUCUUGCUCCAGCAUCAAGAGGGAUUUUGUUAAUGUUUCAUUUGAGAUUAAGUUUGGAGCUGUGGGUUGUAUUGUUCUGGAGAGUACUCCAGAGUGAUGUGGGAUGUUAACUGUGGGCUAAUGUCUUAUAGGACCUAGUUUCUGAUGAAUGACAUACCUGCUUGAGAUAGUGCUAGAAUCUUACUUUUUCAUCUUAUCUUCCAACUUGUUACUCAUAUCAAGUAUUUCCUGUUACCAAGUUACAGAACCAUAUUGUUGUUGAAAUCAUCUCAAGACAUCUUGACAGUGUUGACUAAUGGAAAAACUGGUAGUAGAUUAUGCCGAGUGAUCUAUUAGAGUGCUAUGAAAUAUUUCUGCAUCUUCUUAGAAGAUUGUAGGAUUAUUAUGGGUAUUACUUGGUACAUCAGUACGAGGUCAAGGUCAACUGUGAUUACUUUGGGAAUUUCCCAUACAUCUUAAGUGUAAGUGGUGGUUUUAUUUCAUGAUCUUGCUAUCCUGUUGCACAAAACCUGUAUAUGAAUGACUCAUGGAUGGGCUGUUUCGAUAACUGUUCAGAUCUGUUCUCAUUUUGGCAGUCGGGUUCAGUACGCCAUUACUACCAGAGAUCAAAUUUGUGAAUUAAACUUGUCAACACUUCCACACCCAAUGUUAUGUGAAGAUGUUAUACACACAAAUUCCAAUUCCACCACUUUGUGUAAUAUGGAAGUGUUUCACCCCUUUUCUGAUGAACAUGUUUGUUAUUUUUCCCAGUGAUGUUACGCUUUGUUUUCUUGUUUUAUUAUGAAACCAUUCUCUAUUGUGUUCCAUAAUGGAUUUACCAUGUCUGCUGACCCCCAAGCACCAGUGCUACUUACCUGUGUGUUAGAGCCGAUAUUGCAUGCAUUUGUAUGGGCAUUGCAAUAUGAUGCAUCUGUAGCUAGGGCAAUGUGUCUGUCCAGUUCUGAUGCUUGCAGGGAUGUUGACGUAGAGGUUAAUGUUGUCAAAGAACAAAAUGUCUUUAAUAAAAAAUAUUCAUAUCUCAA